AUCACAGUCAAGUAAUACUAAUCAAUAUCGAAAAACAGAAAAUUAAGUCAUUUUCUAAUUUACUAUCAUGCUAUAAAAUCUUAUUGUUAAAAUUUACGUGAGAAUUGCAAUUCGAAGAUUGAUCAAAUAAAUUAUUGUGCUUUUGAGAUAUUUGGUGUCAAUCCGACACUGCUUCUCGAAUAAAAUAUGGGUUUCGAUGAAAGUGAUUGCCUUUCGUCUAUUUUCGCGAGCGUAUUUUUAACAAUUUUAUAUGUUGGGAGCUUAUAUGUAUGGAGGUCGAAGUUAAGCAGGGACCAUCCUACGACUAUAAAAAGACGGUUCUUCAGUGUCUCCUGCGUGAUGGUUUUUGCGCCUUAUGUGACUUGGCUGUUCCUUAAAGACUCGACCUUAGAUAAAGGCGACAUUUACGACCAAUUAGGAAUGCGUUUGUCCGGACUUUUCUUUGCUUUUGUGACCCCUCUGGCUCUCACUAUGAUUUUGUUCAUGGGCCCCCUGACUAUGCAAUUCUUAUCUGGUACUUGGAAGAUACAUCCCAUCUAUUGGCUUGUGAGCUGGCAAGACCUGACAUGGGUGAGAAAUCAUAUAAUGGCACCAAUCAGCGAGGAGUGGGUGUUCCGGGCCUGCAUGAUGCCUUUACUGGUGCAGUGUCUUGAACCAUAUACAGCUGUAUUUGUUGGACCUUUGCUAUUUGGAGUUGCUCACUUCCACCACAUGUAUGAACAAAUUAAACUUGGACUUGAUCUUCGUUCAUCAAUAAUGAUCUCAGCUUUCCAGUUUAUGUAUACUUCUCUCUUUGGUGCAUACUCGGCCUAUCUAUUCCUUCGAACUGGUCACUUCGUCGCGCCUCUCGCUGCUCACAUGUUCUGCAACCACAUGGGUUUCCCUAACUUCCAAGAUAUCGCCUACUAUCCCCUUACUCAGCGUCUCCUCAUCAUCAGCAACAUGGUGUUAGGCUUCACCAUCUGGUGCAAUCUGCUCACACCGUUGACCGAUCCUGCGUAUUAUGAUAACAAAUUGUUUUGGCCCUCGCGAUUCGAGCUCCCCGAUGAUGUUUCAUUGUUCUAAUUUAGUAGUGUUCUAUUCUACCAUGAUUGAGGAUUCUCUCAUGUUAUUGAUGUUGUGAAUUCUAUGUGUCCAAGCUGUAACAUGUAAGGUUGAAUUAAUUCCUAUAUUAUACAAUAAUCCAAUAUCAAACCAUAGAAAAAGCACUCCUUAUUAUACAAAUAACUUCACCUUAUCUCUUGAUAAUAACAAAUCAAAUUCAAUAUGGCCGCCAUGUCUUGACGUGCCUUUUCACUCAAUUGAAGCUUUCUAUAGAAAAAUAAUAGUACAGUCAUAUUAUAAUUCAACCUUAUUAAUGUUAAUAAACCCCGCGAUUCCCCAAAAUAUUGUACUAGUAGUAUAUAGUAUCUAAUACAUAUAUUCUCGUACGAUAUAUCUCUAAUGUUAACAAUAUUCUUAAGAUGUUUUGAAUAUUUUGCAUUCAGGAUUUUGAAUUGGAACUAUUUCAUAAAGUUCCUUAUGUAUGUAACUUUGCUAUAACUGAUUUUCUAACAGAUUUAGUUCCAUAUAUUACAAGCAAAACAUAAUAGUAAUGUAUUGUUUGGAAUGUGAUGUAUGUUUUUAUGCUUUUUCGGUGCUAAAAUUAUUUCUUUGUACUUGUAAACUAUAUUGUACUUAUUACUAAGUUACCGUAACAUAAGCUUUUUACAGUGAUUUUUCUUAUCUGAAGUUUAUGUUGGACAUAUCGGUUAUAACUUUAGUAGUUAUAUUUUUUUGUAGAAGUGCCAUAAUAUUUAAAUUUUAAUAGAUAGAAGGUAUGAAUGUGUAAAAGUUCCAUCUGUUUUUAAGUGUCCAUUAAUAAAUAUUAGAAAAAAAAAAUAGAAUAAUUUUUAACCUUUAUUUUUGGAAAAGGUUGGUAAAAGAAGGGUAAAAUGAGAUGGAUAAAGGAUUGAGAUAAGAGACAUAUUGACGUAAGAAAGAAGUACAUUUUUAACCUAUUUCAAAUUAACGUUUUAUACGUAUACGUAAAUGGACAACAGUCCAUAGACAAACUGCAAAAAAUCUUUCAAAAUUCACUGUUUGCCACCCGAAGGGCCUGUCCCGCCACUGGCAGAUAGAAGCUGAGAUAGCUUACAAAUGACGUCAGAUAUGUGGGACAGUCUCUAAGUGAUUUAGGCCCAGUCCCACCAAAUAGCAAAUUCUCUGAUUACAAUCGAAGUGUAAAAUAUGUGAUUGAAAUAUCGGAUAAGGUAACAAAAACCUUAUCUGAUGUCAGCCAGUGAUGGGCCAGGCCAUUAGUAUCAGGAAACGCCAUGGUUCAAUUGACCCCAGUAUGGCAGUGUAAUAUUCGAUUAGUAAUAUCGGUAAUAGCAGCAGAAAUGUAAUUCCAACCAUUUUUAUUACUCUACAAUUGGAUCACCUCGGUUCUUGUCUACGGUAGUAAUGUUGCGAGUUCCGGUAUUGUUGAGUUGUGUGUAAGAUACGGCCGGGUCUAUGCAUGGGUAUGUAAUCGUAAUGACUCUAGUCAAUUCAUAAGUUGUUUUUAGUUAAUAUCAGUUUUUCGGUUCUUUAUGUGAUUUUAAAGACGUAAAUAUUUUUAGUAAUCAUUAAUACGAUGAUUUUGAUUUUUUAAAGUUGUUUGAAUUAGCUUAACCGUGGGUUUUCACUGUAAACAUGUGAGCACAUGUCCCCACCGCGCUCGGAGCGUACCCAAGUAAGGUAAGUAGGGCGUAGUGAACUACGGUUUCUCAGUAUUUUUUGACUUCAUAUGUCUUUGUAUUUCUUCGCUUUGUCGCAUCAUUAUGUUUUCUUUUAUCGCAUAGAUACAUGUGACAAUAUAUUAAUUUUUAAGACAAUUGGUUUAAAUUUUGAAAUUCAAGCGUAUUUAAAAACAAAUUUAUAUUAAAAAAAUGUACAUACAUCCGUGUCAUAUUUUAUCUUUUCGUAUUGUGACUAAAGCAGUUAACGAGAUAUUAUGGAAAUUGGUGAAAUAAUAAUUAUUUUAUUUUAAUACUCAGAUAUUUGUUGCACAAUGAUUUUAACAGAAUGGUGUAAGUGUAAUGCGGUUCUUUUGGUUGUUUGAAAAUCGAUAAGAAUGUUCUUGUCUGCGCUAAUUUCGAUUUUGAAGAAAUGAUAUUCUCUCCGACUGACUUAAAAUACUUUGUGUUCUAUGCUUGCUAAUUUAUGUGUGAGGAUUAAUUGAUACUUCUUUUAAAUUUAGUUCAUAACUUUAAAAUAAAAUUAAAAAUAUCUAUAUUACUUAACUAAUAUAAAAUUAUAUUCAUAUACUAUGUUUAAGUAGUUAAAAAGACAAAUAUCUGUCUACUGUGGUUUGAUUUUAGCAAUUACUUGAAUAUUACGAUUAAUUACAAACUUUACGUAAUAACCGCUUUGUCUAACUUGGUUUAUAUUACUUGAUACACAUAAAUAUUAAAAAAAAUAUAUCUUUCAGGGAUUGUUGCCAAAGUUUACAUUUCUCUUAUUCUUAUAUUUUGUAAAAAAAAACUAGGACAGUAUUAAUAUCAAUAAAUAUAUUCUACUUUUGAAAUAUUGUAAUGUACGUGUUAAUUCCUAUAUUUAUUGAUGUAUUAGAUGUUUGCUACCUAGUAGCCAGGUACUAUCUAAUUUUAUAACACGUUGCAUGUUGCCUACAAUUUUAUCGCAUUAAAGUGCUAUAGAAUUGUAUUAAGGUAGCACUGAACGUUUUAGUACUAAUAACAGUAUACAUUCUGUAUAGUUAAAUAGAAAUAAGUCUAUUGCAGGACACAUCAUGUUAGCACAUUUCGUUACAUGAAAGAGAAGAAAGAUACAUUCAUUUGGGAGAAUGAAAAAGACAAACAUCAGGCGGAAGCUGGGAGAGAUGAAGUUAUACAGAGUGUAUACUGUUAUAGUUUUAAUGGAUGUUAAUUUUAAGAAACAUAAAUUGUAACUUAAUAAAGUCUUUAAGCCAAGCUUUUGGAUUUUUAUCCUCAUAAAAUAGAAACUAAGAUAUAACGCGGGAUGUUAAAAUACGUAAUUCGUAAGACAAGGACGGGUAUAAAAAACAACAUUUAAAUAUAUAUUUAUUUAUUAUUACAGUAAAAUGGUAUCAGAGUGAUAUUUCAAUAGAUAUACAGUUAACAUCAACAUCAAUUAUUAUAACAAGAAAUACAUAAAGAUCUCGAUAAAUCUAAGAUAUUUUUACAGACACUACUUACAUUAUCCUUAAUAGAGUAAAACUUUUAAUUUUCAAAAAUAAAAUCUAUGAGAAUAUAAGAUUUAAUUCCACCCUUGAGCUUGCAGACAGU